AAACUAAUUUUCAUGAUUGCCCAUGCCCAUGCCCCCUGCGUGCCAAUCCUCCCCACCAACAAAAGUCGGUGAUAACCUCAACAGCUGAGGAGAGAAAAGCACAGCACGUCAUUCAAAGAGCAUGAGCCCACUUCCUUAUUCAACUUCAAUUGCUGCAUUACCCUCUAUAGUUAUACUAAUCUCCUCCUCAUCAACACAAUCUCAAUCGCCAAGGAUUGACAUUCAUUCUUCUCAUGGCCUCAAUGCGCUUGAUCAUUACCACUUUGGUCCUAUUGUCUGUGUUGGGUGCAAGUAAAGCCCAGAUCAGCAAUAUCUCGGAUAUGGAUAUAGCACUGGCGGAGAUGAAGGCCGAAUCCUACUACGGAUUCGUGAUGCUGCUGCAAAUGCUGGUGGAAUCUGGCAGCCCCAUACCCACAAGUGAUGUGACGUUUCUGAUGCCCAACGACAGCCUCCUCGCCGACCACACCGCUCUCGCCUUCAAGGCCCUCCCUGACUUUCUCCUCAGCCACACCAUCCAGCCAGAACAAAAGUUCAACAAUUUCCUACAUUACCCCAAUGGCACAAGCAUCCCUUCUUCUCUGCACCACUACAUGCUCAUCGUCUCUAAUUAUGGAAGUCGCAACUUCUCCCUCAACAACGCCCGAAUUGUGAUGCCCAAUGUCUGCAGAGCCUCACGUUCCAUUGCAUGCCAUGGAAUUAGCGAUGUUCUCAUUGCCAAUACCACCAUCACCCCUCCUCCUCCUCCCCAUCCUUCUCCAUCUCCAUCUCCAUCUCCAUCUAGUCCAUCUCCAUCUCCAGUGCCCCAAGCGCCCCCUCCUCUUCCUCCAUCUCCAUCUCCAUCUAGUCCAUCUACAUCUCCAGUGCCCCAAGCUCCUGCCCCUGCCCCUGCCCCUGCGCCGCCUUCUAACGAGGCCAUGCCCAGAGCAUACAUUUCAGUGCUUGUGCUCUUCAUUUCCACCAUUGUAGUGGGUCUUGCAAACCCAUGAUCUAUGUCAUCCAUAUUUCAUUUUGUUUUGGGUUUUUCUAAUCGUUGUGUAGCCUGCAGUAUCUUAGCGGAUUAUGUAUUAGUUGUAUGAAGUCUGCAAUGUGUUUCAAGUACAAUCCUAAUUUAGCGGCAUGGUUAAGGUUAGUUAUGUUUUAUGAAAAAUGUCCCAAACUUUCUUUCUUCUGUUCUUAUUCUUCUGUAUUCUCUGCUACUGUUGUCGAUUUUCUAAAAAGCAAAUGAGAAUUUGCUUUUCUUCUGUAAUCUCUGCUACUGUUAUCGAUUUUCUGAAAAAAAUAUAUGAGAAUUAUGUGGGUUGAGAUUUUUCUGUAA